AUGUACAUACAUACACAGACACAUGUACACACAGACACACACACAUGUACAUGCACACAGACACAUGUACACACACACAGACAAAUGUACACACACACACAUACAUGCAGACAUAUGUACAGAUACACACAUGUACAUACACAGAGACACCCCCCCCCCCCGAAAAACUUGCAGUACUUCGUUGUUCACUCACAGAGCUGGGUACUGCACUCUAGGGGGAGGCUGAGAGCACAGCACACACUCCUUGCUUUGCUUUCACUGCGCUCAGCUAUUGAGCAGUCUGACGGCUCCCAGUGCCAAUGACAGAUUUGGCCUGAGCUCCGAGCCUGCUCAGCAAGAUGGCCCUGGGGGACACAUUCGCCCCCACCAUAAUUUCCACUCACCAUUGGCGAGCAGGUGAGUGGAAAUUUCAAGCCCUGAUCUAAGGUAUACUUUAAG